AAUUCUAAAUAAUGGCAGAAUAUUGCCCUGAUGAAAAAUGCAUGUAGGCUAUACUUCGUCCAGGGUUAUUACUAAAUGUAAUUAUUUGUGUCCAUAAUAAAGAAGGCUAAUGCUAAAAGCAGUGUUCACAUAUAAAGGGGGGACGGUGGAGGGGAGGGCGAACUAGUGUGGAGAUAUAAGAGUUCGGGCUGUUGGCUGGGGCAGUUGUCGAGAGGUAGGCUAUUGUAAUUGUGUUACAAACCGAAAAAAACUAUGAAAUCCGCCGUCGCAGCUGCCGAAACAACGGUAGCAUGGUAGCUUUGGACUGGGGUUUGCAAGACGAGCGCCGAUAUCUACACGUUACUGCAAUUUUAACACCGAAUUACUUAUCCCCCUGAUCGAGUCGGGUAAACCACCGUCCGAGAUGGGGAAGGAGGUUAAUGGUGUUUCGCGGAGCCGGUUUGAGAUGUUCUCAAACAGCGAUGAGGCCGUCAUCAAUAAGAAGCUGCCCAAGGAGCUGUUGCUACGAAUCUUCUCCUUUCUGGAUGUGGUGACACUCUGUCGCUGUGCCCAGGUCUCACGGUCGUGGAAUGUGCUCGCCCUGGACGGCAGUAAUUGGCAGAGGAUUGACCUUUUCGACUUUCAGAGAGAUAUUGAGGGGCGAGUGGUGGAGAACAUCUCGAAACGAUGUGGGGGAUUCCUGAGGAAGUUGAGUCUGAGGGGCUGUCUGGGGGUGGGGGACAGCGCUCUGAGAACCUUCUCCCAGAACUGCAGGAAUAUUGAGCUGCUUAGUUUGAAUGGCUGCACCAAGAUUACUGAUAGCACAUGUAAUAGCCUCAGUAAGUUCUGUCCCAAGCUCAAACACUUGGACCUCGCCUCCUGUACCUCAAUCACCAACCUGUCACUCAAAGCACUCAGUGAGGGCUGUCCUCUGUUAGAGCAGCUUAACAUCUCGUGGUGUGACCAGGUGACUAAGGAUGGCAUCCAGGCCUUGGUACGAUGCUGUCCCGGACUCAAAGGCCUUUUCCUCAAGGGCUGCACACAGUUGGAGGAUGAAGCACUGAAGCACAUUGGUGCACACUGUCCAGAGCUGGUCACUCUCAACUUACAGACGUGUUCGCAGAUCACAGAUGAAGGUCUCAUUACUAUAUGCCGGGGCUGUCACCAUCUGCAGUCGCUGUGUGUCUCAGGUUGUGCCAACAUCACAGACGCCAUCCUCCACGCCUUGGGACUGAACUGCCCGCGCCUCAGAAUAUUAGAGGUGGCUCGCUGCUCUCAGCUCACAGAUGUGGGCUUCACUACACUAGCAAGGAAUUGUCAUGAGCUGGAAAAGAUGGACCUGGAAGAGUGUGUGCAGAUCACGGACGGCACACUUAUUCAGUUGUCCAUCCACUGCCCUCGUCUGCAAGUUCUGAGCCUGUCUCACUGUGAGCUGAUUACUGACGAUGGCAUCAGACAUCUGGGCAGCGGACCCUGUGCCCACGACCGGCUGGAGGUGAUCGAGCUGGACAACUGCCCCCUGAUCACGGACGCCUCGCUGGAGCACCUGAAGACCUGCCACAGCCUGGACCGCAUUGAGCUCUACGACUGCCAGCAGAUCACCCGCGCAGGCAUCAAGAGACUAAGGACCCAUCUACCUAACAUCAAAGUGCACGCGUAUUUCGCUCCCGUCACCCCACCCCCCUCAGUCGGGGGGAGUCGCCAGAGAUUCUGUCGCUGCUGUAUCCUGCUAUGAUGUGAAGACUGCGCCCCCACCCCCCUCAGCCCAACAUCUGCCCCUCCACCCAACCUGGCUCGGCCUGGUCCGAUCCGGCCUCAAGGUAUACAUGCUGGUGUGUCCCCCCGAUUGGCGUUGCAGAGAGAGGGAGAGAGCCCAACCACCACAGGGUCUGGGAAGAACCUUCCCAACGACAUUACCAAACCCACUCACAACAGCCUUUGUCAAACACACAAAUAAACACACACACACAUCACCACAGAUGAGCGUCAGUACAUUCCCUGCUGUCCCCAGGCCCAUGUUCUAAAGACCACCCAGCAUUACAGGGAGGAUUACAUAAUAGAACCACUGCUGUUUACAGAUUAGGCUCCUAAUACACUGUAUGGACUACAUGAAGCUAGGGCUCACUUAAUAAAAGGUUCCCUAUGAACUACAAUGACCUUUUACUGAAGGAUCAGGAAGAUGGGUUUGGAUAAGAAACUCACAUCCAAUGUGUGUUUGUGGGUGUUGGGAGGAUAACCAGAAACAUGGCUAGAGCUACUAUGAGGAUAUUGGUUUGGUAGAAAUGCCCUCAGAAUCUUUCAACGACUGUCAAGCUACCUCUAGACAUAACUGCACUUCAAUGUGAGUAGCUCUUUGUUAGCCUCUGGUUCCAGACUGCCCACUCCAAACCAAACUUUUUAUUUUCACUAAAGAUCCGUUUCCAUUGGCACUUUGAAGUCAACCCAGGUUGGGCUGGCCUUGGUGGCUAGCUGAAAUUGUUUCCACUGCCUCCAAAUAGAAUAAAUUAUGUCAUGUUGCUAGGUAGCCAAUAUGUGACUGCAGCUGGCUUCGCUAAUGUUGCUAACUGGCAAGAUGUUGAAGAAUUUCAAUUCACCCUCACAAUGCUGUAACUAACUUUAACCCACACUCCUGUCAGUGCUAGCCAUACUCAGAACCAUGUAUUUAGCUUGCUAACUAGCUAAACGGUUAGCGUCGCCAUUAGCUAGCUAGCUAAUCAAGCAAACCAGACGGCAGGUUUGAGUUUUUUAAAUGUAUUUAAUUAUAUUUUUUUAUACGACAGGUUUGAUAUGAUGUAGCUAGCUAGCUUUCAAUACGAACUGGCCAGCUAAAAGUCCUGCUAGCUACAGUAGCUUGUUUUAACUCUGAUAUGCUAGCUAACAAUGGUAGCUAGCAUUUUAGGGCUGACUGUUGUCAUAGAAGUUUAUUGUGUAAUGCAAAAAUGAAUGGAUCCAGCUGUGGUGGUAAUUCGUGUCAUGUCUGACUACUGCAGUACUGCUUGUCCAUGUGCUAGCUAGCAGCGCACACACCCAGAUGAGCUGCUAAACGUUGUCACCAUCCAGCGGUUAUUUUUAUUAUUAUUAUUUUAUUUUAUUUACUGCGUCACCAGCCUGAAUUCUAAACGCGCUGGCACCAGUUGUGAAACUGGGCUGUGCUGGUUCGAAUUUGAGCAUUCCAUUCGAACAAUCUCAAUUUUGGCCCUAAUUUUAAGUGCCAGUGGAAAAGGGGUUUAAUUUAACAGUCCUGGCGUCUUCUACAGCCAUUAAACAGCCCCCGCACACACACACAAACAUAUUGUAAAUACAGUGGGUAGUAGUUCUUCUCUAGACUCAAAGUAGCUACAGCUUAGUGCAGGCCUGCUAGGGGGUAUGCUGAGUUUAUCCAGCAAAAUGAUGACACUUUUUAAAGAGUCUCUAUGACUCACCUAAUAGUUUACUGCCAAAUGACUACACACACUUGCACAUACACAUGCGCACACACACACAGCUCAAUACCUUCCCCCUUCCCCUCUCUCUGUUACAGUCAGAAGCUUCAUUGUACAAAAAUAAAAAAGAGAAAAGCAAAUAUUUUUCUAAAAAGGACACCAAUUGAGACUUACACGUGGGGACUUGAGAAGAUGCCAAAUGUUGCAUGUAACAAUUCUAGUUUUUUUAAUCUAAAUGUAAUAUAUGUAAGUACUGUGGAAAUCCAGCGUUGCAGCCAGCUAAACCACACCACAGACCAUGGUGUGAAGGAGAGAUUUAUGUCAAUGGGUCUCGCACUAUGAACUAUGUUAAGCCAAACGCAUACUGUACACACACAGGUGUGUUUUUGUGAAUGUGUGUGAGAGAAUGUUCCGGGGCUAUGGAGAGUAGUUUGGACAGUGAACCAUCACUGGUUCUGGAGUUUGGAGACAUAAUAAACCAGGCCCCUGCAAGCUAGUCUUAACAACAACAAAAAUAUUGAAUAGAGACCCAAACACAUAAAAUAAAAAAGAUUGACGUCACUGUGAGUUUGAUGCCAGACAGACCAGAAGGACGGAAAGAAAAAGCCAACCGAAAACAAAGUAUCUGUAUUUUCAUUUUGUUGCUUUUAGUCUUUUUUUCCCCUCUUGGUGAUGAACAUUCUUGAUGAAUGCGAGCUGGCAAACCACACAUGUGUAGGAGGAGAUGCCCAGUGUUGCUAGCGGGCACCAGGAUCUGGUCAGUGACAGUAAUGCCCCUUCAACUCCCAUGAGGCCAUGCAGGGGAGAGGGUGACAGUGGAGUUGACCCUGCCACCAGCGCAACACCCUCCUGUUGCUGCUUGGGACCAGUGACGUGGGAAGAGAAGGGGCCGCUGGAAUUGGAUAGGUGCGAUCACUAAACAAGGAAGUCGUUUAGAAUCUUGACCUGGAGUGAGCUGAGUGCACAACACUGGCCUGCUGACAAAUGUGUCCCAAAACGCCACGACUACCACCUUACCAAAAGACUUUGACCCCUGUUCAUGAGUAUCAAAGCCUUUCAUCUGGAUCCUUCCUCCUCUCCCACACUUUAGCCUUCUCUGUUUUCUGUCUCUCCUCUUCUAUUCUCUGUUCUGUUUUUCUUUUUAUAGUUUAGUCUUUUUUUAGCCUUUUUCUGUUCAAGUUGGUGACUUCUACAUCUCGUUCUCACCCCUCCCCUCUCUUUUCUGUUUGGUGUGUUUUGGGGUGGGGCUGUUUUUUUGUUUUGCAUUCAGUCAUGAGUUCAGUGUUUUCCCCAGUGAAGUUUGAGCCCUCUUGCAGUCCCUGGUUUUUGGUCUUAUGCAGUUUGUGUUCUAUGACGAGUUCUUGUUACCUAAUGUCCAGAGUGUAGUUACCUAAUGUCCAGAGUGUAGUUACCUAAUGUCCAGAGUGUAGUUACCUAAUGUCCAGAGUGUAGUUACCUAAUGUCCAGAGUGUAGUUACCUAAUGUCCAGAGUGUAGUUACCUAAUGUCCAGAGUGUAGCCUUUGGGGUUGGAGACAGUGCAAUUUGUAAAAUAAGUUGAUGAGUCGGUGAGGAUGAACCGGUGUUGCUUGUAUGUAUAAUGGAUGUUAUACAACAUAUUGAAUGUGUUGCCAUGAAGGCGUUGUCUGGGAACGUGGGGGGUGGGUGGGUUUGGGGGUUAGGGCCUAGGUUGUGUGCUGAUGUAGCAGAAACAGAUUCCUCUCCUGAUGUGCUUUCCCUUUUACUUGUUAUGCCUUGAUUUGGGGAUCCCCUAACACCAUGAUGCAGCCCAGCCCACUGUAGAAACAAACAGAUUUGGUACGCCCAGUAGGAAUGUUAUAAUGUUCUCUAAAAAUACAUAUUUCCUUCUAAGAUUCAAACCAACUAACAGGCAAAACAUUAAAUGAUGAUUAUUUUCUGUUUUGUGAUUUCUCAGUUGGGGGUGGGAGGAGGAUAAUGCAAACGGCGAUUAAUCCAGUCUGAUCUGUUUUGUUUGAAUGCGGGUUUAUGGGGGAUUAGAGAACAUCCAGGAGCCCGGAUAUGCAGAGAUGCAUAAUGUACUCUGAUACUACUCACCCUCUGGCUGGAUGCAACUGUGCUCCCACUGCUCCGUACGGUCUGGAGUUACUGGAGGGGAAGUCAGGGUGAGGCCAGGAUCCAUAACACCUGUUUGCCCUCUUCACACAUAGUUGCUGAGUCACCGGCACCACUUGUACUCACUUAGUCAUACACAGACGCACUGAGACACACACACACACACGCGGUACGCACUGACCAUUUGCACUGCCAUGGUCCCCUCUGAAUCAGAACUCAGUUGAGAGCGAAGGUAUGCAGAGUAGACAUGCAUGCCUUCACAUACACACUAUUGACAGCACAGACAACAGGCAAAUUCAGCCUCAAGCGGUUCCGUUAGAAUUUAUUCAAUAUACAAACACACGAGAACAUGUCCAUACCGGGUUAUCUCAUAAACUACCCUGUAGAAUGUCAAGGCUAAACACAUGCAAAGCAAUUAUACCACUUCAUUCCUCUGAUUUUUUUUUUCUCCAGCAGUUAACAUGGAAGAUGACAGAUUACUGAAUUCUGGAUCAGUCCAUUUUCAUGUCCACUCAUUCCCUACGACUAGACUGUGUGUUGGAGGGGGUGGGGGAGGGGGUUGGGAAGGACGGCUGACUGGCUGCGUGAACAAGAUGGUGGAUCUAAAGUGUGUUCUUGGUAGUUUGACACCUGGGGAUUACUUUACUUUUUUUUUUACUUUACACAAUGACUGUAGUUCAUAUAAAUUAAUGUAAAUCUUUUUCUUUUUUUUCUUUUUUUACAAUUAACUGAUUAUAAAUGAAUAUGUAUGAAUAAAUAUAUAACUAUAUUAUUAA